AUGGUUAAGACGAUAUUAUGUUUGGCAUUGUUCGUAUCUAUUGCAUCUCUGGGGUAUGGAGAUGUAGAUUUUGCCAAGAAUUUUGUUUCUAAAUCUCAAGAUACUUUUCAAACUAGAUUCUUGGAAAUAGGUGCUUUGGGAAUUUCUGGGAGAAAUUUAUUGCAAUUAUUUAAAGUUAGUUUAGUAGAUGUUAUAAGACCAAAUGUGCGUAUUCCUGAGGCCAGGGUCUCUAAUUAUUAUGAUAGGGUCCAUGACUAUUUGUUUAGGGGUGCGUUGUCUUUACCCGAAGUGUGUGAUCCUGAUAAAUCUGUCGUUGCCCAACUAACGAGAAAUGUGUCACCAAUAAAUAUACAUUCACAUAAUGAUUACUGGAGAGAUCUGCCAUUAUUCGAGGCUAUUGCUCAUGGGGCUACCAGUGUUGAGGCCGAUGUAUGGCUAGUUCCUAAUCAAAAUAAGUUACAAUCAAAUGGGUUUGCUCUAGCGGUUGGUCAUGAUGAAAAUUAUUUGGGCCCAGUCCAUCGUACUUUGGAUAAAUUAUAUACAGAUCCUUUGUUGUAUAUGCUGAAUGAAGUUAAUUGUAACAAAAGAGUUAAAAAAUCUAACCGUUAUGGUCUUUUUUAUGAUUCUCCAGACACUACAAUUUAUCAAUUCAUUGAUUUUAAAUCAUCCGACAGUGUCCUUACUUAUAAAUUGUUGAUGGAAGUCUAUUUCAAAAAAUUAAUUGAAAAAGAUUUCAUUACCAAAUAUAACCUUGAAACCAAACAAUUGGAAUGGAGGCCAAUUACUAUUAUACUAACAGGCAAUUAUCCAACCGAUAUGAAUAUUAUUGAUAAUAAUGGGAAAGGAUACUUUAAUGACACUAAGCGAUAUGUAUUUCAAGAUGCAUCACUACAUGAUAUCAAGACAUAUGACAAUAGUGAUAAUAAAUCACUAAUUGCAUCAACAUCUUUUAAUAAAUUGUUAAAUGAAUGCAAUAUUUCAAGGGUGAAGUUUAAUUUAAAGAGGAAGUUCGAAGACAAUGAAAUGAACUGUUUAACAUCACUAAUUGAGACAGCACAUUCAAAGAACCUACAGACUAGAAUAUGGGGAGGUCCCGAAUGGCCAGUUGCAUUCGCUAAACAGGUUUGGGACAUCGAAUUAAGUCAACUAAACGUCGAUUAUCUAAAUGUUGAUGACCUUGCAGAAGCUAUGAAGUUUUAA